AUGGCUUUCAUACGCAACAUAUGGCGUGUGCGGUUAUUUACUCGCAAGGUCAGAGUAGCUGCGCAAUCAGCGCGCAAGAACGGAACAAUCCGCAAUGCAUCCACAGAAAGAUUGAAGCACGGCCACCCACACCAGCCUGAAGACCACCACGUUCAGCCGCCACGGCAAGGACCAUCCGAGGUUCUCCAGAUUGUGGUCGUGAACGAUGGGGCUGAAACCGACCCUGAACAGCUCAUCUCCAUCAAAGAGAAACUUGAGCAAGCUCACAGGCACAACGAGGAACGCCCAUGGGAAAAGCUCUCCAUAUACCGGAUCCCGCACUCUCUUAAGCAUGGCGAGGACAAGGCCUACGUCCCUCAAAUCGUCUCCCUUGGACCGUAUCACCAUGGUAAGAAGCGCCUCCGCCAGAUGGACCAGCACAAGUGGCGCUGCCUCGACCGCAUCCUCUCGCGUACCAAUCACCAGAUAGACCUCUAUCUACACUCCGUGAAGCAGGUCGAGAAGAGAGCUCGCGCCUGCUACGAGGGGACGAUAUCCAUGAGCAGCCCCGAGUUCGUGGAGAUGAUGGUCCUUGAUGGGUGCUUUGUGAUCGAGCUCUUUCGGGGAUUUAACGAGGGGUUUGAGACACUCGGCUACCUUAGCAAUGAACCCGUCUUCUCGAUGCAGGGGCCAAUGCACAUGAUUCAGCGGGACAUGAUCAUGCUCGAGAAUCAGAUCCCCUUUUUCAUACUCAACCGGCUGUACUGCCUCCAACUCGGCCAGCUUGGCCACCCCGACCUGGAGAAGGAGUUGGCCCUGCUGGCGCUCUUGUUCUUCGACCAUAUGAAGCCAACAGAUGCGACCAACCACAGCAACAGGCUGGACUUCCCGUUAUCCGACCAGAAUGAUCUCCAUUGCCUCGCAUUGUUCCGGCAGAGCCUCCUACACCCUGGCGUGAAACAGGAGGAGCACAAGGACCCCUUGCAGAGGCAGCAACAACUCGUCCAUUGCGUGACAGAGCUCCGACAAGUCGGGAUCAAGUUCAGCAGGAAAAAGACAGACAAGUUCUGGGACAUCCACUUUGAGGACGGGAGCCUCAAAAUCCCCCGGCUUGUGAUCCAUGAUGGGACAAGGUCACUUUUUCUCAACUUGAUAGCCUUCGAGCAGUGUCACUUCAAAUACAGCAACGACAGUAAUGACAGCAAAGACAGCAACGACAUCACCUCCUACGUAGUCUUCAUGGACAAUUUGAUCAACUCCCCAAAGGACAUUAGGCACCUCCACGACCGCGGGAUCAUUGAGCACUGGCUUGGGAGCAACACCGAGGUCGCUGACCUCUUCAACGGGCUUUGCCAGGAGGUGGUCUUCGACAUCAACAGCAGUUAUCUUUCUAAAGUGUCUGCGCAUGUGACAGAAUACUCCUGCCACAGGCGGCAUGGCUGGGCGUUCCUUUUCAAGCACAAGUACUUUGGCAAUCCCUGGUCAAUCAUUUCCUUCAUUGCUGCUUUGGUUUUGCUUUUGCUUACUUUCACACAGACCUUCUAUGCAGUCUAUAGCUACCACAGGCCAGGAUCUUGA